GGAGCAUCUGCUUGUGGCACUAUCAGUCGUCAUCGCACCAGUCACUGGAUAUCCGAGAGGUCCGUGAACCUUUUGGAAGCUAGAAGGCACCUCCCGGCUGGUUCUGAACACAAUGUGACCAGACGGGCUAUUAGGCGUGAACUAAAGCGGAGCCUACGUGCUGACAAGGAAGCCUGGUGGACCAGUCGGGCUCAAGAAAUGGAGGAGGCAGGAGCAGUAGGCAAUUACCGGAAGCUCUUCCAGCUAAUACGCACCACUGGUCCGAGAAAACCAGGCGUCAGUGAGACAAUCAGGGACAGCG